AAUUUAUAUUUCUAAGAAGACUGACCUGAUUAGAAGCUGCAAGUAAAAUAUUUUUCAAAACUAAAUGUUAAUAAUUGUGCAACAUUUAUUUUAACAUAAUAUAUAUUAAGGAGUAUACAGACUCUUGAAGUAUUAGUGGUAGAGUCAAAAGUGUGAAAAAAAACACCAAAAAUGAAAGUUACUUUAGUCGUUUGUAUGGUGCUUAUUUCUGCUGUUCUGGCCGCAAUUGAUAAAACCCAAAUAGAAGAAAAAGUAAAAGCCGCCCUCAAAAAAUGCCUUGAUGAUAUGGCCGCUGGUGGAAACAAAGAUGAAUUUAUUGCCUCAAUCAGAAGUAACCCAGAGAUUGCUGGUAAAAUGUCUGUAUGUUUUCUUAAAAAAAUUGGCUGGAUGAACUCUGAUAACAGCUUGAAUACCACGGAAAUGAAGCAAAUCGUCCAAGGAGGCUUGAAUGCUACAGAGACUGAAAAAUUUUUGGACAGAUGUACUGCGGAUAAGGGUAGUCCUGAAGCGACUGCUACUAAUGUAAUGGGAUGUUUUGGAGUAGCAGUAUGAAAAACUGCUUAAAUAUAUAUUUGUUUAAAAUUUUAUAUAAAUUAAAAAUACUUAUAUUAUAUAUGGUAUUUAGGUGAUAAAGAA